UUUCCUCACACUUCACAUACAUAUAGACAUACAUUCAAAGACAAAAGUAAUAGUUAUGGCUAAGUUUGCUUCCAUCAUCACCCUUCUCUUCGCUGCCCUUGUUCUCUUUGCUGUUUUUGAAGGACCAACAAUGGUGGAAGCACAAAAGUUGUGCGAGAGGCCAAGUGGGACAUGGUCAGGAGUCUGUGGAAACAAUAACGCAUGCAAAAAUCAGUGCAUUAACCUAGAGAAAGCACGACAUGGAUCUUGCAACUAUGUCUUCCCAGCUCACAAGUGCAUAUGCUAUUUCCCUUGUUAAUCUACCAAAACUCCUAGGUGAUUAAUUGUGGGUGUAUUUACAAUUUCGUGUAUGUUUUAAUUUACAUUAAAUAAGACUGUGUCACUCUAACUAUGAGUCUAUGAGUGACCUGAUGACAUGCAUAAACCAGUUAUGUUUAUGUUGGUUUUUUUAAUAAUAUAAACUUUUUUUUAUUUUA